UCAGUUGACGUUGAAUGUUUCGUCUUGGCGGUCGCUUAAUUCAAUUCGCUGAACGCUGACACAAACGAUCCGAAAAUCACCGAUCGCCGAUCGUUCCGUUGUAAAAAAAGAUUUUUCCAAAAUUCUUGGUUUUUUUUUCUGUUCUGUUGCGUCCUUUGCUCUUGUGUGUGAUUAUUUGUGUGAUUAUGUGCCAGAGAACUGAAAACUCAUAAGUCGCAUAGAAAGUACACAAGAGGGUUUGCUAAUCCAGGAUCCUUGGCAGGAUGUCACGGCAUAUGCUGUCUCUACUGCUGGCAGUAAUUGCCAGUAGUCAGGCGCUCGAGGGCGUGGUCCAUCCCACCUGCAAUCUGAAGGACAAUUGCAAUUUGGGCGAUAAUCUCCUGGCCGGAGCCAAUGCCGCCUCCGAUGCUGGCGAUGUGUCUGCCGAUAAGCUGGAGAGCAAAAUAGCUUCGAUUUUCGAGGAUAAGGUCAACUACAGCCUGAAGUUGUUCGCCGACGAUGCGACCACAACGAUCCUGGAAUAUCAGACGGCCAACUUGAGUCAACUGCAUGCGGUAACGCCUGGAAAUUAUACGAUGCAUCAGGUGCAACAGGCGGAGGACGAGGACGACCAGGUGGAGGAGGAUGAAAGGGUUUACUUGUACAACAUUGGCAAGCGUUUUCUGGCCAUUACGCAGCCCUUCGAUGCGGCCAGAAAUCCGGAUGCCUCGACUUUGUGUCGCCGGCAGAUGCAUCAGUUUCUGAACGCCUUGGACAACUUCGAUCUGUGGGCUCUGAAGAUGCACGACUCCAGUGGCAAAUUGAACUCGGGCAUUUUGAAUGGCAACAUCAAUCAGCCCGGCGACUUUGACCAGUGCUUGGGCAUUCAGCAGCGGAUGAAGGAUCAGGAGGCGGGCAAGGAUCAGGAUGGGGACUCCAUCAUCCGUGGCCAGUAUUGCUUGGCCUAUGCCCAGCCAGUUCUGCCACACAAUUCGAAGCGAUUGAGGAGUUUCUUCAAGCUGAUCCAAUCACACGGACCUUUUAAAAGCGAGUUCAACGACCCUGGUCACCGCGUGCCCCGCUACUCCUUGAUCAACUGGGGCCUCUGUGUGCCCUCCGGCUGCUCCGCCCGGGAUGUGGAGUACAGUGUGGCCGAGUACCUGGGCAACCAGACCGCCUCCACGGGCAUCACCUUCAAUGUGCGCGUGGAGCCCCAGAUGUGCCAGGUGCGUGAUCAGCGGCCCUGGGAUCGGAACACCACCUGGGCGGUGCGCUUCUUCCUGCUCGUGCUCUCCGUAGCCAUCCUGUCCACCAUCUACGAUCGAUCGACCAAGUCGCAGCCCAAGCAGAAUCCCUGGUUCACGGCCUUCUCGUUGGACAAGAACCUGCGCUGGCUCUUCAGCACGAGCAGUGCUCCUGGAGACAUUGAAGCGGUGCAUGGCAUCCGUUUCCUGAACGCCCUCAUGCUGAUCUUCUCGCACAAGUCCAUGGCCAUGUUCUUCAAUCCGUACAACAAUCGCACUGCCAUGUCGGAGAGUCUGGGUCAGCCGUGGACGGUCAUUGGUCGAGCUGCCUCCCUCUACACGGAUCCCUUCCUGCUCUUCAGCGGCAUGCUGACCGCCUACUCCCUGUUUGGUCGCCUCAUGAAGCAGCAGCCCAUCAGGCUCAAGAACGAGUACAUUAGUCGGCUGAUGAGAAUUGUUCCGCCCCUGGCCGCUUUGAUCCUCUUCUGCACGUAUGUGCUGCCUCUGUGGGGCAGCGGACCCCAGUGGAACCUGGUGGUGGGCCACCAUGCGGACAUCUGCAAGAAGAACUGGUGGCGCAACCUGCUCUUCAUCCACAACUACUUCGGCUUCAGCGAGAUGUGCCUGACGCACACGCACCAUUUGGGCAUCGAUACGGAGCUCUUUGCGGUGGCGCCACUCCUCAUCCUGGCACUGUGGCGGUGGCCAAGACGGGGUCUCUUCGCCCUGCUGCUCCUCUGCACGGUGGGAACGGCGGCUAGGUACUACACCACGAUUGUCAACCAGCUGUCCAACUACAUCUACUUUGGCACCAACAUUCAGCGCCUGUUCCGCACCGCCGACUACAUGUACUCGUUCCCGCCCCACCGCUCCACGGUGUACAUCAUGGGCAUCCUGCUGGGCUAUGUGCUGCGCAAGUACCAGAACGUCCGCCUGAGCCGCCUGCAGCUGCGACUUGGAUGGCUGGUGGCCACCGUGUGUGUGCUGGCCUCUCUGCUGGGACCCGCGCCCAUGGGCGACAUCAACUACGUGUACAAUUCCACCCAUGCAGCUAUAUACGCCGCCUUUGCGCCGAUCGCCUGGUGUCUGUUCUUCUCCUGGAUCGUCUUUGUCUCCCAUAAUGGGUACAGAAAUAAACUGACGAAGCUGUUUGCCUGGCGCGGUUUCCAGGUGUCCACAAAGCUAUCGUAUGCCAUUUACCUGACGCAGUUCCCCGUGUUCUUCUUUAAUGUCGGCCGAAGGCGUCACAUUCACCACUACUACAACUUUGUUUCGAUUAUUCUCGAUACCAACGAAUUCAUAUCGAUCUUCCUGGCCUCUGUGGCCCUGACGGUGCUCUUCGAUGCGCCGUUCCAGAAUCUAAAGAAGCUGCUGAUCAAGCGACCCACUGCGGCAAAGGCGGUGAAAGAUAGCCAAGCCAAUGGGACGAAGUACCAGGAUGCGACGACAACGACACUAGCCUCUCAGCCCAGCAGCACUGCCCUCCUGCAAUCGCAUCACCCGCACUCCGAUUAGUCUGGAUGCACACACUCUUUUCUAGCUAUGUAUAACUUGUAAAUGUCCUAGCAUUUAGUGGCAAUAUGUUUAGUGAUCCCCAGCGAAAUCCCCAAAAAAUCCCAUCCAAUCCGUCCAUGUGCCCAUCACAUUUCCUUCGAAUUCAAUCCAAAACCGCCCCUAGUUUUAGUGAAACGCUUUAUACAUUGUAAAUUGUACUAUUAGUCAAAUCGAGCGACAAUUAAGAACCGAACCGUAACGAACCGAUUCGUAGUCAUAAACCAAUCAAUCACUGCUUGAUGUACGAUAUUAUCUUGCUUGCUAAACCGGGCUUCGAGAGGUGGUCACUGCUGGGGAACCCUAUAUCGUAAGUUUAACUUAAUAUUGGGGCCCUGGACUAAGACUCUCGGAGCGCAUGUUUAUUAGAAUACUUACGUUACCUUAAGCGAGGUCAAAUGUCAGUUUUUAAAUGGUAAUUUAAUUAAUAAAAUAUAUAAAUAUGUUACAAAACCCUCAAGCUUUGUAUGUGCAUGAAUUCCUCAAAGUAUGCAAUAUUCAGAUUCAAAGCAUACAGUUCUGGAGCGACUGAAAUGUGAUAAGUCCGAUUACUGUUUGAGAAGCAUUGGUGCGGACGCCAAAAACUGGUAAAGGUUUAGAGGCACUAGAUCGCCAAUUCCAAUGUGAAGCAGUAAAAACGAAAACAUAUC